AUAAUUUAUAUAUAAAGGUUCUCUAUGUCCAAGCCUUUUUUUUCUCUGAAAAUAUUCAUUAAAGUCCUUACUAUGGCAGAUAUCAUGCACUGCUACAGAAAUACCUGUAUAUCGUGGCAUGUUACCUGGUACAACAAAGCUAUUCCAGUUGCCUGCAGAUACCACAGCUAUGCAGAAAUCUUUUCACUACUUGUAGCCUAUUCCUUGUUCCUUUACUAAUUGCUUAUUUACCUGCUUGCAGUCCUCACACUUAAAAUUUCUUUUUCAGCCUGAUCUGUGCUGAUAGACAUUGUGAGGAAAGGUGUUGUUUGCAAGCUCUUCAGAAUUAAGUCUGCUCAUGUAAACAUGAGCAUAUGUGUGGGAUAAGGCUCUAAACUUCUGAACUGUCCCUUGCAGAUGGCAAAGGCGGGAUUCAUCCACUGUGCAAAUGUAAAUGAACCAGAUGUGGCAAAAUGUUUCUUUUGCUUGUUAGAACUGGAAGGCUGGGAGCAAAAUGAUGAUCCAUGGGAGGAACACGCCAAACGUCACACCUGUGACUUUUUAUCUCUUCCUAAGAACUUUGAAGACCUUACAAUGGAGGAGUACUACAUGCUGGAGAUGACACGGCUGAGAACAUUCAUUUGCAAAAUUGGUAGACGGAUAAUAAACUCUUUUGAAGAAGAAGUCGCCACAACUAGGAAGCAUCUUGUGGAUUACUUUGUCUCCAAGCAUCAGUACACACCACCAUUGCCACUGCCUCUCAGUGAUGAUCCAUCCACUCAGCACUCAGAAGGCUCACACUGCCAGUCAAAGUAAGACCAGGAGAAGUGAAGUGUCAAGUCCGAUUCUAAAAGUUUCUCUUCUUUAUGUGGUACAGUCAUAUCUUUAUCUGAGUAUGAAUAUAAAGCUAAGCAGUUGUGUGAGAAAGUGUAUGUAGAGAAUUCCCUUCAUAGGAUCUCUGGAACAGAGUUCAAAGCUUUUUAUACUAACUCCUGUCUUUCAUAAUAUGCUUUGUUGUUAUGCUUAAGUGUGGACUAAUAGUAGUCCCACUAACCUGUGAAUAUGUGAAAAAUGUCUAAGCAAAUACUUAUAUUAUUGUGGGUUUUAGCAGACUGAUUUUUUUUUUUAAUAAAGAUUUAGAACUCUGA